CGCGGACGCCGAGCGCCGCCCCCCCCCCGACGCGUGCGUGCCAAGAUGGAGUUAGCUACCAACCCCGUCGAGUCGCGAGCGUCCCCCAUGGACGCAGCCACCAACCCCGUCGAGCCGGGAGCGUCCCCCAUGGACGCAGUCGACAAGCCCGUCGAAGGAGCCGCCACGAAGCGCGCAAGGAGCCAACGCGAUUGGUACGACCGCAACAAGGCCAAGGCGAUCACGCACGCCAAGGAGUACAGCCAAGUGCACAAAGAGCGCAUUGCGGCCCAAAAGAAGGCAUGGGACGCUCGCAACCGAGACAAGAAACGGGCGCAAAUGAAGGCGUAUUACAUCAAGAACAAGGACCGAAUCAAGGAGUACCGAGAACGCGUCAAGCAAGGACACCAGGCCAACUUGGCGCGACAGGUUCGCAACACCACCAGCGUGAGCUCGAACUCGUCGUCGUCGUCGUCGUCCGUCGUGUCCAACUCGGAUUCAGAAGGUGUCGCGCAACCGAUCUUGUCGCCACGUGCGCCCCACUCGCCCAACGCGUACUUGGCUAUCGCAGACUUGGUGGUGACGCUGCCACCCGUUCGUGGCCCCCAGUCCAUGACCAGUGGCCCUUUGCGCAGCGGCGCCACCAGUCCCAUGAAUAUUGCUGCCUUGCUGAACCCCGAGACAUGACUGUGCACACGAUUCCCGCAGCGAAAUCCACGUCACAUGUCCCGGUCACCGCAUCAACCAGCUCCAUCACGCGCUGAGUCCCCUGGAUGUACACUAGUCGUUCUUGAGUCCGAUUUAUUAAAUGCAAGCGUUGAAUGUCGUGGCAA